AUGAAUUGCUUCACAAGUUCGCAGCAGUGGGAAUACCCGUGCUCCCUCGAGGCCGCUGUUGAAAAGGUGCUCAAGCCCGAGAAAGACAUACGAGAACGAAGUGGCGCUUGCGUUCACUGCGCAACUAACUUCUCGGUGCAGCUCACUGCUAAACAUUUAAAGAUAUACGUCUGGCAGGACUUUGGACCGGAAGGCUCCCCAAUCGAUAUUGAAUGGAGAUCUCAAGUUGCCGGUCGCCAAAACUCGAUGUUCAUUGGGCCUACACUAUAUCACCAGCCGGGGGCUGUGAGAAAGCUCUAUGGCGAUAAAUUACCAAAAGAAGCGAUCGAACCACCAAGGCAUCUCCCUGUGCCCGUGAACACCAAUUUUCAGGCGCGUCAGGGUAACAAUUUCGACCCGAGUCUUGCAGUGUUUCCAAUGAUACUAGCUGCGUUAUAG